AUGGAGCCUGUUUCUUUCGCGUUUGCCGCUUGUUCUAUGGUGGAGCUCUGCAUCAAAUAUGGACGGAGUCUCCAUGCGCGGUGUCAGGCGUAUAUACAAGCCGAAGCUGAAUUGGCAAAUACUCUCCUCUGUAUUGAGGGCUAUUGGUUGAAGAUUGAGGAUGAAGUCACCACUCUACGCGACAUAUGGAAUGGACUAGACGGCCGUCUACAAAUCCACCACAAUCAAGUUCUUCAAACGCUAUUACAGAUCUUGCAAAAUGCAUAUAGCACACUCGGUGAUAUUUUUGGGGAGCCCGAGAAUAGCCAAAAUUUCGGAAACCUCGUCGCACAACAGGGGAAGAUCCAGCGACUCAAGUACGCGGCGUACGGAAAGAAAUCGCUAGAGCGUAUUGUCGAGCAACUUGAACAUUGGCAUCGACACUUUGACCCUUCGUGGAUUUUACUAUCGCGCCUCUCGGUCCCAAUCAUUCAGCAAAAACUUGCAGAAAAAGGACAACUUGGGAACAAAGCCAUAGUUCCUAUUCUACAGCUCCGUGAGGCACAUAACAAAAGCAAAUUACCCACCGAUGAAUGCUUGACGACAUCAAUUUUCCUCGAUGCUGAUUAUCCCAUAAAAAAUACAAAGGGUAUACCAUUCACUACGGCCUCAAUGGGGUUAGCACCAACCGGGAAGAUGGUGAUUGUUGACAAAUAUACGUCACGCGAGGACGUUGAUCACAAAGUUUCCAAAAAGGAUGUCCGGGAUCUGGCCGUGAUCUUGUCGAAGGUCAACCCGACGUUUUCUUCCUUGCUACCCUGUCAAGGUGUUAUCACAGCAAAAGAUCAGUCGCACUUUCGUAUGGUUUUCACCGUACCCUGCGAGAUGAGCCUUUAUAAUCCCUGCAGUCUUCGAUCUAUGCUGUUAAACAGGGCUAAUACCUACCCUCUGAACGAACGGGUGCAUCUGGCUGUAUCACUGGCCCGAUCCGUGGUUUUUCUUCAUGCUUCUCGAAUUGUACACAAAAGCAUAUCCCCAGAGAAUAUCAUCAUCCUUCACCCGGGUAUGGGCGUACUCGGAACUCCAUUGCUGGUGGGGUUUGAACGUUUCCGUUUCGAUGAGCAGCGGACAAAUAUGGUAGGUGAUAAUCUCUGGGAAAAGAAUCUGUAUCGCCACCCCGCACGGCAGGGUCUUCAGCCAGAGGAGAUCUAUAACAUGCGGCAUGAUAUCUACAGCAUUGGGGCGUGCUUGUUAGAAAUUGGAUUGUGGAAAUCAUUUGUGUACUAUAUGGGCGAUCAGACCGUUCCCAGUUCAGAGCUUCCAAUCACGGAUAUGUUGACUACCAAAAGCAAGCGGAAGGCGGCAGUGGAAAUCAAGUCUACUCUUAUUGAUCUGGCUAAAAUGAACUUACCCCAAAAAAUGGGUAAGAUCUAUACCGAUACGGUCAUUAACUGUUUGACCUGUCUUGACUCUGGCAGUCAGAUUUUCCAGGACGAAAGUGAAUUUGAGGAUGAGGAUGGGAUUUUAGUUGGCGUGCGAUAUAUUGAGAAGAUCUUGUUUGAAAUAGAGAAGAUCGUGGUUUGA